UUCGUAGCUCCGCCCCCUGGGCCGCGCCAGGGCUGCCGGGAAGCGGCGCCAUCAUGGCGGAUCCGCCGGAGGAGGCGGGGGGUGGCCCGGCCCAGCCCGGGGCGGGGGUCGCGGGGCCCCCCCGGGGGCGGCAGCGGCUGGAGGCGCUGCUGAACCGCAGCCUCCGCAUCCGCAUGUCGGACGGGCGGACCCUGGUGGGAGCGUUCCUGUGCACGGACCGCCAGAGCAACGUGAUCCUGGGCUCGGCACAGGAGUUCCUCAAGGCCGCAGACGCCUUCCCGGGCAGUGAACCCCGAGUUCUGGGGCUGGCCAUGGUGCCCGGGCACCACAUCGUGUCCAUCGAGGUGGAGCCCCCCUACCCCUGAGGGACCCCCUGGACGGACCCCAGAACACCCCAGGGACCCCCAAAACACCCCAUGGACCCCAAAAACACCCGACGGACCCCCAAAAACACCCCAGGGACCCCCAGAAACACCCCAGGGACCCCCAAAACACCCCAGGGACCCCCCAAAACACCCCAGGGAGCCCAAAAACACCCGACGGACCCCCAAAAACACCCCAGGGACCCCCAAAACACCCGACGGACCCCCCAAAACACCCCAGGGACCCCCAGAAACACCCCAGGGACCCCAAAACACCCCAGGGACCCCCCAAAACACCCCAGGGAGCCCAAAAACACCCGAUGGACCCCCAAAAACACCCCAGGGACCCCCAAAAACACCCAAUGGAACCCCAAAACACCCGAUGGAACCCCAAAAACACCCCAGGGACCCCAAAAACACCCGAUGGAACCCCAAAAACACCCCAGGGACCCCCAAAACACCCCAGGGACCCCCAAAACACCCCAAGGACCCCCAAAAACACCUGAGACCCCCCCAGUGCCUCACGGACCCCCUGGACGGACCCCAAAACCCUGAUGGACCCCCCAGUGCUGGGACAGACCCCCCCCCCAAAAUCCACGUGGGGCCCCCCCCGAUGCCUGAACGACCCCCCAAGACUUCGAGCCCCCUCCCCCCUCCCCAAAAUGUCCCUGGGGGUUUUUGGGGGUCACCAUUAAAGCCCCCCCUGGUGACGCUG